AUGUCUACCACUGUUAAUAAUAAUGAUGCCUCUAGUAGUAGUACCUCUGCCUCUAAUAGCGCUGAAUCCUUUGAUUUAAGACGUAGCCUACCUUCUCAUGAUAACUCUGACACUGAGAAUGAACAAAGUGAAGAUGAAUCAAGUAACAAUGUCGAUGUUCCAACCGAUUAUCAAUUAUCCGAUACCUUACUUGGUCAGUACAAACAUAUGGUAAACAAUCAAGGUUUACUCGUCGAAGAAUAA